AUGCAGCACAGAAGACGAGAAUACAACAUCGUGAUACUAGGAGCCGGUGGUGUUGGUAAAAGCUGUCUUACAGCACAAUUCGUUCACAAUGAGUGGAUAGAAUCCUAUGACCCCACCAUCGAGGAUUCCUAUCGGAAGGUCAUCGAUGUUGAUGGCCGGUCAUGCAUACUCGAGAUGUUAGUGUGCCCUUCUACCAAUGCGAAAUAA